AAUGCCCCCCCCCCCGCCCGCCCCCCCUUCUCUCCCUCUCUUUUCUAGUUUUCUGUUCGUAUUAACGAAGAUAAUUCUCCUCCUCUCUUUCCCAUUCUUUGAGAACAUAUACAUACAUAUAUAUAUGUGUAUGUAUUUUGUUUUGUUUUAUAAUAAUUGAAGGUUCGACGGCGUGAGCAUCAUUUCUUCUGUCGGUGACUCCAUUUUGUUCUAUGGGCUCGUCAUGACGACUGCUUCUCUCUCUGCUUUUUUCCAUGACGUCCUGAAGAAAGCAAGCAAAAUUUAGGGAAUCAAAUUUUUGCCUCUUUGGAUUGUGGGUUCUCUGUCGCAAAUGGUGGUCGCGCCCUGAAACCACCCACUUUUUCCCUCAAUUGCUCAAUAAUGAGUCAUUGAGAGAGAGGGAGAGAGAGACAGAGCUGAAACAGGAUGGCAUUUUCAUUUGGGUUGGAUUGGAGACUUCUUCUGCUUUUUCUCUGCUGUUGGUUAAGCUUCUUCGGAUUUGUAUUCUCAGACGACGGGAAUACGCUUUUGGAGAUAAAGAAAUCAUUCAGGGACGUGGACAAUGUGUUGUAUGAUUGGUCGGCUGACUCAGCUCCAUCUUCAGAUUACUGCUCGUGGAGAGGUGUAACCUGUGACAACCUCACCUUGAAUGUCGUUGCUCUGAAUCUCUCGGGUUUGAAUCUUGAUGGGGAAAUAUCGCCUGCAGUUGGCAAGCUUAAAAGUCUGCUCUCCAUUGAUCUAAGAGGAAAUCGUCUCUCAGGCCAGAUCCCGGAUGAAAUCGGUGACUGCUCCUCCAUGAAAAGCUUAGACUUAUCAUUCAAUGAGUUAUAUGGGGACAUACCUUUUUCAGUUUCGAAGUUGAAACAACUCGAGUAUCUAAUUUUGAAAAACAAUCAGUUAAUUGGUCCGAUUCCCUCAACCCUGUCCCAGAUUCCAAACUUGAAACUCUUAGACCUAGCACAGAAUAAACUGAGUGGUGAAAUACCAAGGCUUAUAUACUGGAAUGAAGUUUUGCAGUAUCUAGGGCUGCGAGGGAACAAUUUGGUCGGUACACUCUCUCCUGAUAUCUGCCAGCUCACUGGGUUAUGGUACUUUGAUGUGAGGAAUAAUAGUUUGACUGGUAGCAUUCCUCAGAACAUAGGCAAUUGCACUGCCUUCCAAGUCUUGGACUUGUCUUACAACCAGCUGAGUGGAGAAAUUCCUUUUAAUAUUGGCUUCUUGCAAGUAGCUACACUGUCUUUGCAAGGUAAUCAGCUCUCAGGGGAAAUCCCCUCUGUGAUUGGCUUGAUGCAGGCACUUGCUGUGUUAGAUUUAAGCUGCAACAUGCUGAGUGGGCCCAUCCCUCCUAUUCUAGGAAAUUUGACUUACACAGAGAAAUUGUAUCUGCAUGGAAACAAGCUGACGGGACCAAUUCCCCCAGAGCUCGGAAAUAUGUCGAAGCUCCACUACCUGGAACUGAAUGAUAAUCAACUCAGUGGGUGUAUUCCUCCAGAACUUGGGAAGCUCACAGACUUGUUUGACCUAAAUGUUGCAAACAACCACCUAGUUGGACCAAUACCUGAUAAUCUUAGCUCAUGUACAAAUCUUAACAGCCUCAAUGUUCAUGGGAACAAGUUAAAUGGUACCAUUCCGCCUGCAUUUGAAAAACUGGAAACAAUGACGUAUCUGAAUCUGUCAUCAAACAAUUUGAGAGGCAACAUUCCAAUUGAGCUUUCACGAAUUGGAAAUUUGGAUACUCUGGACAUAUCUAAUAACAAGAUUAGUGGUUCCAUUCCUUCUUCUCUUGGCGAUCUGGAACAUCUCCUAAAACUGAAUUUGAGCAAGAACAAUUUGGAUGGAUUUAUACCAGUUGAAUUCGGCAAUCUAAGAAGUGUUAUGGACAUAGAUCUUGCAAAUAAUCACCUCUCUGGUCCAAUUCCUGAAGAAUUUGGUCAGCUUCAAAACCUCUUCUUGCUGAAAGUAGAAAACAAUAAUUUAUCAGGUGAUGUGGUGUCACUGAUGAACUGCCUCAGUCUUGGAGUCCUAAAUGUAUCUUAUAACAACCUAGUUGGGAAUAUUCCUACAAGCAAUAACUUCUCAAGGUUCUCACCUGAUAGCUUCAUAGGGAAUCCUAAUCUUUGUGGAUAUUGGCUUGGUUCUCCUUGUCAUGCAUCCCAUCCGCCUGAGAGAGUCACCAUUUCUAAAGCAGCAAUACUUGGUAUUGCACUGGGCGCCCUGGUGAUUCUCCUCAUGAUCUUAGUGGCAGCACUGCGGCCGCACAAUCCUACACCUUUUCCAGAAGGAUCACUUGAUAAACCUGUCAAUUACUGGCCACCGAAGCUUGUGAUCCUUAACAUGAACAUGGCACUCCAUGUAUACGAGGACAUCAUGAGGAUGACGGAGAACUUGAGUGAGAAGUAUAUAAUUGGUUAUGGUGCAUCAAGCACUGUUUACAAAUGUGUUCUUAAAAAUUGCAAGCCUGUGGCAAUUAAGAAAUUGUACUCCCAACACCCACGGUGCCUGAAGGAAUUUGAGACAGAGCUUAAGACGGUUGGGACCAUCAAACAUCGGAAUCUGGUUAGCCUGCAAGGGUAUUCCUUGUCUUCAACUGGGAACCUUCUCUUCUAUGACUACAUGGAAAAUGGUAGUCUAUGGGAUCUCCUUCACGGCUCCACAAAGAAGCAAAAACUUGACUGGAACACACGUCUUAGAAUAGCACUGGGAGCCGCCCAAGGGCUUACGUAUCUUCAUCAUGAUUGCAGCCCAAGGAUAAUCCAUAGGGACGUAAAGUCAUCGAACAUUCUGUUGGACAAGGACUUUGAAGCCCAUCUCACUGACUUUGGCAUUGCCAAGAGCUUGUGCACCUCUAAGUCCUAUACUUCUACUUACAUAAUGGGAACUAUCGGUUAUAUUGACCCAGAAUAUGCCCGUACUUCCCGCCUCACCGAGAAGUCUGAUGUCUACAGCUAUGGAAUUGUUCUACUUGAGUUGCUGACCGGAAGGAAAGCCGUGCACAAUGAAUCCAACCUUCAUCACCUGAUCCUGUCCAAGACCGAGAACGACGCAGUCAUGGAUACCGUCGAUCCAGAGAUCGUGGCCACGUGUAAAGAUCUCGGGGCAGUGAAGAAAGUAUUCCAGCUAGCGCUGCUGUGCACCAAAAGACAGCCCUCGGACAGGCCAACCAUGCACGAAGUGGCUCGCGUCCUGGGGAGCCUCCUGCCAUCCGAAGCGCCAAAAUCAAUGGCCCCCGCGCCCCUCCCGUCAGCCAAGGUGCCCUCUUACAUGGAGGAAUACGCGAAUCUCAAGACGCCGCAUCUGGUGAACUGCUCGUCCAUGAGCACCUCAGAUGCCCAGCUCUUCCGCAAAUUUGGAGAGGUAAUAUCCCAGAACAGUGUGUAGUUAGAAAUGUAUUGCUGUUCCACCUCUGGGAAAUGUGUAGGCAACUGCAACACGGAAAUUUUGUAUAAAGAUUUUACAGUAUGAGUCAGUUAUUGUGGGUGGGAAGGAAGAUACAGUGGCAGAUCUUCUAGGGCAACAGAUUUUAAUGUCUAAGUAAUCCUAUCUGAUUCCGUGCUGUCCUAUGUCAAAAUUAUUGGUAUUAUUGGGACCACUGCCUUCUGGGCUCUGGCCUCCACUGAUGGCAGAUUCACUGCGAAUUUCAGUGCCAGGCAAUAAUGCCAGCAUGCAGCGGGGUAGGAAAGAUUGAAGAGGGGGUACCCAAUGGCAAGGAAGGGUAUUUUUGUACAAUUCCAAAGAUGCUCAUCUUUUUUGUUGUAUAUUAGUGUUUAUGUUGUGCCUCAA